AUGACGAACUGUUUACAUUAUGGUGUUUCAGGAGCUGAUAUAAGGGCCCUGAAGUUGGUUAAUUCAGGAAAUGUUGCGUUAAUGGAUGUUUCAUCAGGAAACACAUUGUGGCAGAGUUUUAAAACACCAACAGAUACGUAUCUUCCUGGAAUGAAGUUGACCAAUAUUUUAACCUUGACAUCAUGGAAAAGUCUGAAUGAUCCAGGAACUGGAAUCUACCAAUUUCGGCAAGGUGAAAGAGGCGAGCAAUCCUACCUUAUUAUGAAAGAUACAAAAUAUUACUGGAAAAGCGGAAACCCAAAGAAUAGCUUUGAUGACAACACAAUGUUCCCCGAUGCUUUGAGUUUGCUAUCAAACACAACCACAAGAGAUGAGCAUGUAAAUACAACGUAUAACCUAACUUAUAUGGUGACCCAUAAUUACUCAAGAUUGGUAAUGAACUACACAGGCCAUGUACAAUAUUUUACUUGGGGAAAAGCUAGUAAAUGGGUUUUGGAAUGGGAAGCCCCAAGAGAUUAUUGCACCGAAUACCAUGUGUGUGGGUCAUAUGGGAUGUGCAACCAAACAAAUCAUCAUCAACGAUGUAGUUGUUUGACUGGAUUUCAGCCUGCUUCACGUAGGGAUCCAAAGGCCGGAUGCAAGAGAAAAUCAGAAAUCUGUGAGACUACUACAGAUACAUUCCUGAAUCUUACUCUGAUUAGUGUCGAUGAUACAGAUGUCACCUUCCAAAAAUCAAUCAAUGAGUCUGUAUGCAUAGAGAAGUGUCUCGAAAACUGCGAGUGUGUAGCAUAUGCUUACAGAACUCUACAAGAGGAACAGCUAGUGGAUGAAAGCCGCCGUGAUGCCCAAGGGUGCUGGUUCUGGCAUUCUCAGAUUUAUAAUCUCAAAGCACCCGACAGACAUAAUAUCUCCAUCCGUGUAUCUGCAGGGCAUCAAGUCAAAGGGCGAUCAGAAUUUCAGAAACUUGUUGUUCCUCUGGCUGUUGGUGUUUCUGUUUUGGGGGUUAUAUUUUUGUGUGUGGUUGUGUAUAUAUCUUAUAGAAGAUUGGUGAAUAGAAUAGCCGGCUUACCCUCACCUAUUUCUGGUUUCAUCUCAGAACUUGAGUCCAAUAAUAUGAGCUCUUCUGUCAACGAGUUACCUCGUCCAGAUGACUCAAGAGAAGCUAAUGAGUAUCAAGAUGGUGACGAGUCUUGA